AUGGGAGGAAUGUCCGGUUGUAGAUGUCACAUCCGGCAGAGGGCUGAUGAUGGUCGUACAGCGGCGAAACAUGCAUUUACCCCUUGGGCGGCCGCGGAUGCGUCCAGAGGCAUUUUCUUGCGGCUGACAGCGUGUACCGUCGACGGAACAUGGACCCGUGCGUUAUUGCGUGGUGAGACCUCUUCCGAUCCCAAAGCGAGCAAGUUGCGCCUCAAGAGCACGCUGCUCGAGUCGAUGCAUCUUGACGAUUGCUUGGCGGUCAUGUUGGCUGCACAUGCGGACGGUCGCGUGUACAUGCCAGAGGCUCACGGGCCCGGCCGUCAUUCUUGGAGAGAGCAUCGAGGUUAUCGACGAGGGGAGGGCAUGGCACCCAAAUGUCAUUUGUCGAUCCCCCAGUCAGCGGACGCCAUCCCGAUCCAUGGCGGCGGCCUCAACAUAGAAAUGGAAAUGGAAAUGGCUAGCUGGUCCAGCGACCCACACGGCUGCUGUCCGUCGUCGUGCCGUCGAUUGUUAGACGAAUUGGAGAAUCACCUACCAUUGUCAACUCGACGCGCCUGCUUGACCGUCGAGGGCCCUAGCACUGCCGUCGUACCGCUACACUGCGCUGCCUCAUAUAUCCCUCCACACCGUCCCCACCCCUCCAUCCCUCCCUCCCUCCCGUCUCCCCAAAAUUCGCGAAUCCCCGCGCGGUCGCCCCUAGACUGCCACUGCGACCUGCGACCCGCGACCCAGCCGGCCAUACGUCAUCCUGCACCCCGUCCACCGCCCGCUCGACACUGUGAUAUUUCACAUGUUGCCCGCCAGAGCCCCGUCCACACGCUUUCCGCCCUUCGACAAGCCCCUGGCCGUGUGGGAAAAGAGAUACGCGGUCUGUCCACCAAUAGUGACAUAAACGAUUUGCACAAGACUAAAUCACAACGGACCACUUGUCGGGAGUGUACAACGCUAAUCAAGAUGGACCCCGCAGCACCUCCAAGGCGCUUCAAGCCCGAGCCGAUUGAGACGACGGUUUCAUCUUCAAAGGACAAAGUCAGGCAGGAGCCUGUCGAGGCGCCUAAGCCGCGAAGGUUUGCGCCUCAGCCGAUUGAGACCACUACUUCAAGUUCCAAAGCCCGGCGUAGGUUCGCGCCUGAGCCAUUUGAGACUACAACCACAAGCUCCAAAGUAAACCGGAGAUUUAUACCCGAGCCCAUUGAGACCACAACCACAAGCUCCAAGGUGCCGCGAACAUCCGCACCCCAGCUCAUGGGAACUACCACCAGGUCGAACCGCCGCUUUGUCCCCCAACCUUUAGAAACCUCCACAAGAAGCAGUCGUCAAAAGUUUGCCCGUGAUUGGGAAGAGCAAACAUCGCCCACUGACAAGUUCAAAGCCAAUCCCCUGGGCACAGCAUCGAGAAAGCUACCUGUCAAGAGAUUCAGGCCCCAGCUGAUUGAGACUGCUCAGAGACACCGCAAAGCAGGUGACGACGAGCCUGUGCUGUUUGAUUACGAAAAGACGGAGGCGACCCCAGAGUCAGCCAUCAGUGCCCGAAAAGCAAGAAUACUAGGAAUUCCACCUACCCCACCAGUGAACACUCCAACAUAUGACAUGUCACAAAACCCUUUGUUUCUGGAGAUUCAACGCAAUGCCUCACCACUAAGCAGGCGCCGAUCGUACUUUAGCUCUUCGCAGCAUUCAUUCCGUGUGCCAGACUUGGAUCCCAUUGAAUCUUCAGAGUCUGAAGCAUCAACCCCACCUUCACCCACCGAAUCACCUCCCUAUAGGCCUGACCACUCCUUCAUGUACAAGGAGGCUACCCGACGGCGGGAGAGUGCCGACGGUACCUCUGCUGGAUACUUGCUUGAGCUGGCUGCCAAGGCUGCUGAGAAGCAACUUCGAGAACAAGCGUUGGCAGCAUUCCCUAACAGUGAUAUUCACGAGCCUGUGGCUCACUACGUAGAUCGUGACACGGAGGGUUCGGAGCCAUCUAUCACAGAGGCAAAGCCCCAAUCAGAGCCAAAGACAGAGCCCCCAUAUACUGUCAUAAACUGGGAAUUGGAAGCCAUGCGGAAAUACCAAGCAGAGCAAAUUGCCGAGAAAGAGAAGUCCAAGCCUACCGAACACGCGAAACCUGCUUUCAGCCCUUUUGGCAAUCCCGCAGGCUUUCUUGACGCUGCUACGGCUAGCAAAUUUGCAAAGGAACGCAAGGACCCCGAAUUGGAGCGCCAGCGAAGAGAAGCCCGCCCCCCCAUGCUCGGGCAAGACAUCAAGUUUCCACGCUGCGAAUCCCCUGAGCCAUCCCGUUUCGAUCCUACCCAAGGAUGUGACGCGGUCAGGACAGCCAUGUGCUAUCUCUCCGAGCAGUCCAAAGCUGCCUCUGAAAAAGGCGAAAGCCUGUGGUGCGGCAAAGGUAAUGGAAGACAAACAAGCACAACACCAUCCUUGUGGUCUACUGCCAACAGCCGCGCUUCGAGUACCCAUGGCUUGUGGGGCGGGUUCUGCGUCAACGGCGGAGACAAGUCCCCACGCAGGCCAACUGGUCUCUUGACACCCAAUACAGAGAUACCAAAUCCCAUUUCACCUUACCCAACACCAUCGGCGAGUCUGUUGCCGCCUACUCCUCCAGCAUCGAGCUCAGGCACAACAUUCGCGCCAUCGGACUUUGCUGGCAUUGAUGAGAAGCUUGCUGUCGAGCAGUCGAUCGAAGAGGAGUUUGGCGACGAUUUUGUUACCCAGGUUUACAAUUAUCUAUCGCUGGGCUAUCCAUCCAUGGCCCGUCCAUUUGACGCGGAGCUCUCCAAAAUUUCACACAUUCCUAUCUCUGAGUUACGGCAAGAUGACCAUCUCGCCAAAUCUCGUGGUUACAUUCGCCUUGGAAAGGACGGCAACUUGAAGGACUCUGAGAUUACUGAAGAAACGUGCAUGCGUUGGCGCGCGCUGCGCAUUUAUAUCAAAGAGUGGGCGAGACAGCAUCCCAACAUGGCUGAUGAAGAUCUUACCAGCUCUUGUCAUGGCACUGCUGCCAUUAGAAGGGGUAGUUGGGCUCAGUAG